AUGCAUAACCCCCAUAACCCCACCUUCCACGAAUCCGAUCCUCAGCUUCCACUAAUCAGAAUCCACCACCCCCUCCUCCCCUCGCCACCAGUCCGCCGCCACACCCACUCCCACCGCCGGCGCCCGUCCCCUACCAACGUCCUCUUCGGCGCUGAUUGGGGGUCCAUCGAUCUCACCAUCAACACCGACCCUAAUUCCGAAGAAGAAAACCUCAACAAUGUUAACGAAACCCCGACGCCGAAACGGAAGCUUGAAGAAGAUUACGACGCGUUCACGGCAACGAAAUCAGCCGAUCUUGCCAAACCGCUUCGUGAAGCUCAGAUUCCGUACAAGAUCCACAUCGUGAAGGAUCAUGACAUGAAGGAGAGGCUUUGUCUCGAGGUCGAGCGUCUUGGGCUUAGUGCUGUUAUUAUGGGGAGCCGCGGAUUCGGUGCGGCGCGCCGUGGGAGUGACGGGAAGCUGGGAAGUAGGGUGAUGAGGGUGAGGCUGUUAUCAAGCCUCUUUCUGUUGCGCAUGAACAUAAGAAAGAAGAUUAGUCGGAGUCAAUUGAUCACUUCAACCCUGUCUCCGCAGGUUGUACUAUUGAGCAUGUUCCUGGUUGUUAACUCUGGAAAGAUUAUGGCUUGA